AUGCCGUUUGACAUCAAAUCCAAUUUGGAUAUUUCCGAAGACGAAAUAGCCACCGAUGAUCCCCACGGCGAUGCUUUGCACCACUUUUCCGAUUCGGACGACAAUGAGAACCUCCUCUCUCAAUCCUACAACUCCACCCACUUUUCCACAACUGAAGACAAGUUCAUCAAAGACCAUGACUUGAAAGUCCGUGCCUUCGAGGCUCUUCAAAGCCCAAUGCAGCGGUCAGCAAGCAUGUCGCUGACCAAAUCAGCACCUAAAAGAAGACAGCUGGUGAUCGAGUUCCCGAAACACCCUGUUCCGUACCAUCCAACACCAUCAGAGGCGUCACAUAACAACAACCACACGCAGGACCCCAAGGCUAAUGCCAAUGCUUUGCCUGAAGAGUAUCCGUCGCACGAAUUGGUGGAGCUUUUCCAAAAUGUGAAAAUGUGCUUGGACUUGCGCCAUAAGUAUUUGGAUCGUUCGCUUCAGAAAGACGAAGCGGUGAAUCCAAAAAACAAGCCAGACUGGACGAUUUAUCCGCCUCCUCCAAAACCCACCUACAAACUGAAAAACAGGUUUAACCAAAUCCCAGGUGAAGUUGAAGAUGAAGAGGUUUUCGACUUUGAAAAGUGCCACAUUCCAGACCAAGACGUUUCCGACAAAUACGAAGUGAAAUUGAAUCACGAAGACGUUUAUCAGGUGUAUGACCGCGAGACUGGUGAGCCCAUUUCGGAAAUCCCAACUUUGCACGAUUACUACUCCGAUUUGAACAAGAUCGUUAAGAUUCUGCUGGAUGGGCCAACCAAAUCGUUUGCCUUCAAGCGCUUGCUGUACUUGGAAACUAAGUGGAACAUGUACUACUUGCUUAACGAAUUUGAGGAAAACAAGCAGUCGAAAAGGAACCCACACAGAGACUUUUACAAUGUCAGAAAAGUGGAUACCCACAUCCACCACUCUGCAUGUAUGAACCAGAAACAUUUGUUGCGGUUUAUUAAGUACAAGUUGAAAACGACCCCCGACGAGCAAGUUAUUUUCAGAGAUGGGAAGUUGUUGACAUUGGCACAGGUGUUCGAGUCCUUGAACCUUUCUGCUUACGAUUUGUCCAUUGAUACCUUGGACAUGCACGCACAUACAGACACUUUCCACCGGUUCGACAAGUUCAACUUGAAAUAUAAUCCCAUCGGCGAGUCACGUUUGCGUGAGAUUUUCCUUAAGACAGAUAACUUCAUCAACGGCAAGUAUUUGGCUGAGAUCACUAAACAAGUUUUCGAAGACUUGGAGUCUUCCAAGUACCAAAUGGUGGAGCUCAGAAUUUCUGUUUACGGCCGCAGUGCUGAUGAAUGGGAUAAGCUUGCAAGCUGGAUAGUGGAUAAUAAGUUGUUCAGCCACAAUGUUCGGUGGUUGAUCCAAGUUCCACGUUUGUACGACUUGUACAAGACCAACGGAAACGUGCACACAUUCCAGAAGAUCUUGCACAAUCUUUUCCUCCCUCUUUACAAAGUGACACUCAACCCCAAAUCCAAUCCUAAGCUUCAUGUUUUCUUGCAGAGAGUGGUGGGCUUCGAUUCUGUCGACGAUGAGUCGAAGCUGGACAAACAUUUCAACACCAGAAAACCUCCAACAGCUUGCGAGUGGGAUAGCCACAACAAUCCACCUUACUCGUAUUACUUAUACUACUUGUAUUCGGACUUGAUUGCGUUGAAUCAGUUACGUUGUUCGUUAGGAUAUAAUACUUUCCUUUUGAGGCCACAUUGUGGUGAAGCCGGAGACCCAGAACACUUGAUUGCUGCAUUUUUGACGUCCCACUCCAUCUCUCACGGCAUCCUUUUGCGGAAGCUUCCUUUCGUCCAGUACUUGUACUACUUGGACCAAAUCGGAUUGGCCAUGUCACCAUUAUCCAAUAAUGCGUUGUUCUUGACGUACGACAAGAAUCCAUUUUUCAAUUUCUUCAAAAAGGGCUUGAACGUUUCCUUGUCCACGGACGACCCUUUGCAAUUCUCUUACACUAAGGAGCCUUUGAUUGAAGAGUACUCUGUCGCUGCGCAGAUUUACAAGUUUUCUAGUGUGGACAUGUGUGAGUUGGCCAUGAACUCGGUGAAGCAGUCAGGCUGGGAGUGGGCCAUCAAGAAGCACUGGCUUGGCAAAAACUUCGCCAAGUCGGGCGUCGAGGGAAACGACAUUGAAAAAACCAACGUGCCUAAUAUCCGUGUGGGCUAUAGAGAGGAGACUUUGAAGAGCGAAUUGCUGUUGGUGGAAUACUACAAUUCCUUGCGGACAAAACAGCUCUAG